AAGUUGUCCAGUCAACAUGGCGGCGCAACAGGGUGAUGUGGAUGAGCUCUUCGACGUGAAAAAUGCGUAUUAUAUUGGUAGCUAUCAGCAAUGUAUCAACGAAUCUCAGAAGGUUAAGCCCUCAACCCCAGAAAAGGAGACUGAGAGGGACACGUUUUUGUACAGAGCAUACGUUGCCCAGAGGAAGUAUGCCGUAGUAUUGGAUGACAUCAAGCCGAGUUCUUCACCUGAACUUCAGGCUGUCAGGAUGUUUGCCGAGUAUCGUGCCAAUGAAAACAAAAGAGAUGCUAUUGUUGCUGAUUUAGAUAAAAAGAUGACCAAGAGUGUGGAUGCAGCAAACACCACAUUCCUUGUCAUGGCUGCCUCCAUCUACUACCAUGAGAUGAACACUGAUGCUGCUCUCAGGACUUUAAACCAAGGAGACAGCCUGGAGUGCAUGGCAAUGACUAUUCAGGUGUUGCUGAGUCUGGAUCGUGUUGACUUGGCAAGGAAAGAGCUGAAGAAGAUGCAGGAGCAGGAUGAGGAUGCUACUCUAACCCAACUAGCCACAGCCUGGGUCAAUAUUGCAGUGGGUGGAGAGAAACUGCAGGAUGCAUACUACAUUUUCCAGGAGAUGUCAGACAAGUACUCUUCAACGCUUCUCCUUCUUAAUGGUCAGGCGGCCUGUUACAUGGCUCAGAACAAAUGGGAGGAGGCAGAGGGUGUUCUACAGGAGGCCCUGGACAAGGACAGCAGCCACCCUGAGACGCUCAUCAACCUCAUAGUGCUGACUCAGCACCUGGGCAAAGCUCCUGAGGUAACCAAUCGGUAUCUCUCCCAGUUGAAAGAUGCCCACAGAGCCCAUCCAUUCCUCCAAGACUAUUUAGCCAAGGAGAAUGAGUUUGACAGACUAGCGAUGCAGUAUGCUCCCACUGCCACAGCAUAAGAAAUCCAGCAAUGGGUCUUUCUACCUUGGAAAAUUAGACACAUGCAACACACUGUAUAUCUGUAUUUGUAUGAUAAGUUUGAAUUGUGAGAAAAAGUUUAAGUAUUUCAUUGAAACGUUGGUCAAAAUAAUAAAACUUUUUCCUCUGUAUGUCAUUUUCCUAGUGACACAUGAGAAAAGUUAAGUCAAGUCAAUUUUAUAUAGAGAGACCAAUAUCACAAAUUACAAAUUUGCCUGAAGGGGCUUUACAACAACACAACAUCCUGUCCUUAGAGCCCUCGAAAAAAAGUCAACUUUGUCUGUGUAGUCAGUGCUUUUUUCUAUCUCCUUGAAAUCAGCACCUGUUUCCUCGAAGCAUUCCUCAGAUUUGGCAAUAAAUGCUUUAUUACU